GUCCCUGUCCCUCUGGUGGGCUUGAGGGGGCCACAACGAUGCCGAGGCUGGGCUGCACCAAGCCGGGGUCCUGGGGCAGCUUCUGGGCCAUCCUGACCUUGGUGGGCCUGGCCACUCGUGCGGCCCAGAGAGCCGAGGUCGGCGGCGAGGCGGGGGGCACCGCCAUCAACCACUCCCAGAUGCUGCUGCAGCGCCUGCAGGAGCUCCUGCGGCAGGGCAACGCCAGCGACGUGGUCCUGCGGGUGCAGGCCGCGGGCACCGACGAGGUCCGAGUGUUCCACGCCCACCGCCUGCUGCUGGGGCUGCAGAGUGCGCUGCUCCGGGAGCUGCUGAGGAACCAGAGCGAGGUGGUGCUGCAGGAGCCCAGGGACUGUGCCGCCGUCUUUGACAAGUUCAUCAGGUACCUCUACUGCGGGGAACUGGCGGUGCUGCUGGCCCAGGCCAUCCCCCUGCAUAAGCUGGCCACCAAGUACGGUGUGGCCUCCCUGCAGCGGGGCGUGGCCGACUACAUGCGCGCGCACCUGGCCGGCGGCGCGGGCCCGGCGGUGGGCUGGUACCACUAUGCGGUGAGCACCGGGGACGAGGCCCUGCGCCAGAGCUGUCUGCAGUUCCUGGCCUGGAACCUGUCUGCGGUGGCGGGGAGCACCGAGUGGGGCGCCGUGAGUCCCGAGCUGCUGGCGCAGCUGCUGCCGCGCUCGGACCUGGUGCUGCAGGACGAGCUGGAGCUGUUCCACGCGCUGGAGGCGUGGCUGGGCCGCGCGCGGCCGCCAACCGCCGUGGCCGAGCGGGCACUGCGCGCCAUCCGCUACCCCAUGAUCCCGCCGGCGCAGCUGUUCCAGCUGCAGGCACGCUCGGCCGCCUUGGCGCGCCACGGCCAGGCGGUGGCCGACCUGCUGCUUCAGGCCUACCAGUUCCACGCCGCCUCGCCGCUGCACUACGCCAAAUUCUUCGACGUCAACGGCAGCGCCUUCCUGCCCCGCAACUACCUCGCGCCCGCCUGGGGCGCCCCGUGGGUCAUCAACAACCCAGCCCGCGACGACCGCAGCACCAGCUUCCAGACGCAGCUGGGCCCCAGCGGCCACGACUCCGGCCGCCGCGUCACGUGGAACGUGCUCUUCUCGCCGCGCUGGUUGCCGGUCAGCCUGCGGCCGGUCUACGCCGACGCCCCGGGCACCGCCUUGCCCGCCGCGCGCCCCGAGGACGGCCGGCCGCGGCUCGUGGUCACGCCAGCCAGCAGCGGCGGCGACGCUGCGGGCGUGAGCUUCCAGAAGACGGUGCUGGUCGGGGCGCGCCAGCACGGCCGGCUCCUGGUCCGCCACGCCUACAGCUUCCACCAGAGCAGCGAGGAGGCGGGCGACUUCCUGGCGCACGCCGACCUGCAGCGGCGCAACUCCGAGUACCUGGUGGAGAACGCCCUGCAUCUCCACCUCAUCGUCAAACCCGUCUACCACACCCUCAUCCGGACCCCCAAGUAGCCAAGCGGGGUGGGGACAGGGAACCUGGUGUCCCGGACGAUUCCAGAAAGCCUGGCAGAGCUGGCCUGGAGGGACUGGGAGGGGCCACGCAAACGGCGUUGCCUACACUGGCCCUCCAGGUGACCAACCAGGUGCUGGUGACCUCAGAGGGAGGCCAGGCGAGGGAUGGUAGAGCAGAUGCCUGGUUUCAGCAGCGGCUUCACGGCUGAC